AUGUCCGUUCGCUCGCUUAGUGGAGAUACGGACACGGACACGGACACGGACACGGACAAGGACACGGACACGGACAAGGACAAGGACAAGGACAAGGACAAGGACAAGGAUAAGGACAAGGACAAGGACAAGGACAAACACAGUCUAUCUGAGCCACCCAUUCUCAUAGCCCUCUGA